CACUAGGAACGUCAAGCACUUGACGCACGUUACUUGGACUGUGACGCCUUUGAUGCCUGUGAGUCCGCGUGCGCUCAGUAGAGAGCGCCCGCGGGUUUCUGUCGCAGCUCGGCUCAGCUGCUGCAGAUGUCACGUGACUUCAGCAUGGCGCUCUGCAGACAUGAGCGCUCGCUCGCUCUGAUGGAGAAACGGAAAUCCCAGAUUGUGUGUUUGUGAAAAACAGCGCGCGAGCAUGCCGACGCUGCUGCAGAAGCUCUUCAGUAAGAGAGCCGUCGGUAACGGCAACGCACGGGACUGCUCGACGGCAGUGGAGAAGUGUUGGGCAUCUGCUGAGUUUGAUCUUGCUCAGAUCAGAUUGAUCGUGUAUCAAGACUGUGAGAGAAGAGGGCGCCAGGUUCUCUUUGACUCCAAAGCAAUACAUAAACUGGACGCAUCCGAGCUGACUGCUGAUGAAACCAAAACUCCCCCCAACCGGAGUGGUGCUUGCCAUAUCGGCAGCCAAGCAAGCGAGAAAGAUAAGCCUCCUACAUAUCAGUAUACCAGACCGGCUUCGGAUGUGAAUAUGCUUGGAGAAAUGAUGUUUGGCUCUGUUUCCAUGAGUUAUAAGGGCUCAACUCUUAAAAUUCACCACAUUCGGUCUCCACCACAGCUGAUGGUUAGUAAGGUUUUUUCUACUCGGUUUGGAAGCAGCACCUCUGGAAGUACAAAUACGCUGCAAGACAGUUAUGAAUCAAUGAGCCAAACCUUUCCUAGUCACACCAGCAGCAUAGGAGUUUGCCGCGUGCCUAGUGCUCCUCUGCUCUGCCUGGCUCGGAGCGCGUCUUUCUUUGCAGCCCACAGUAAUCCAGUGGACAUGCCAAGCAGAGGACACAGUGAGGAUGGAGACAGUGGCAUCGCUCGCUCAGCAUCUCUGAGCAGUCUUUUGGCCACUCCCCUCCCGUCACCUGGAUCCUCCUUCAGUAGUGGCUGUGCCAGCAGUUAUCAACGCCGAUGGCACCGUAGCCAGGCCACCAGUCUUCAGCAUGGCCCCAUCCCUCGCUGGAACACUGAAGAAAUGUUCAGCUUAUCUGACGAGAGCUGCAGCUCCAACCCUGCGAUGAUCCGGAGGAAGAAGAUUGCCAUCAGCAUCAUCAUCAGCCUGCCAGAGAGAGAAGAGGAAAACCACAAUUUUCAGGAGUUUUUCUUCUCCCACUUUCCUCUGUUUGAGUCUCACAUGAACAAACUCAAGACUGCCAUCGAGAGGGCAAUGAUUGUGUGCAGAAGGAUAGCAGAGUCCAGUCAGCGAGUACAGAUCUAUCUGUGUCGAGUGAUGGAAGCACUGGGAGAAUUCAGGAUGACGGUGUGGAACCUGUACAUGGCUCCCCGCAUCAGCGAGCCAGUCUGGCUUUCCAUGAUAUCCCAGAGUACCGAGCGAAACCCGCUGUGUCAGCGCUUCCUGAAGGAGAUGAGUUUGCUGAUGGACCAUGGAGCCAAGAGCCAGUUUCUAUCAGCUCUCCUUACUGCUGUUCUUACGCAUCACUUAGCCUGGGUUCCUACGGUGAUGCCCAGCAGCCUGCCACCAAUCAAAACUACCUGCCAGAAACCUGCCUCCCAGACGGUGGAUCUUUUGGCAAAAUCUCACCCAUACAACCCACUGUGGGCUCAGUUAGGUGAUCUGUAUGGUGCUUUGGGCUCUCCGGUGAGAGUGUGUCGAACGGUGGUUGUGGGACGCAGGAGGGAACUGGUCCAGCGAGUCUUGUAUAUUCUGUCCUACUUCAUUCGAUGCUCAGACCUGCAGGAGCAUGUUCAGCCACAAGGACAGAUGGAGAAUCCAGCCAAUCCCUGCAGCUCUCAAACCACUGAUCCCACCCCUGAAAAAACAUUUCCCCCUAAACCAGACCCAUUAAAGCCCACUGCUUGUGUUAUUGACAAAGCAUUGAACCCUGAACCUUUUCCAGGCACCUCUGUAGAACAAAAUAAUCACACGCUUUUGACAGAUACAAAAUCAACCAAUCCAUCCUCCAGUCUGGAAUCAUCCACUGUCAGGCCUGGAUGUGCAGAAAUGGGACAGGAAUGUUUCGGAGAAGACAGCGACUCUGUUGGGGGUGGAUUAGAGCACAUUUUGGCCAAUCAGAGUCCUCUUUUGCAUCGGGUACAGUUUCACAUCGGCAGUCCCAGGGAGACGGAGAAUGAAGGACAAGCUGGGGGUCUUAGUGGGGUGGGGUGUGGACGGGGAUUGGACCGAAAGUUACAUCAAAGGCUUUUGACUGAUAUUCGGAGGAACGAGAGCUCAGAUAGUGCUCUAGGUGACAGUGAUGAUGAAGAAACAUCACAGAGAGAACUCUACAUGGCUACUGAACAAAAGGAGUAUGAGUUACCACUACCAACUUGUCAGGUAGAGAGCCGAGCCAGUGUUAAUCAUUUUGGGCGUUCUUUGCUGGGUGGUUACUGUCCUCAGUACAUGCCUGACUUUGCCUUGCAUGGCAUCAGUUCUGAUCUCAGGCUCAAACAGUGCCUCGUGUCCGACCUGGAACACACUGUUCUCCAUCCGGCGCUGGAUGAACCAGUGGCAGAGGCUCUUUGCAUUGUGGCAGAUACAGACCGGCUGAGUGUGCAGGUGGUGACGAGUCAAAGGCGUGUGUGUGAGGGUGGGCAGCUGGGCAGAGACGUGAUGGUGUCCAACCUUGUACACACACUCAUCACAUCAGUUCUGCAGCUGUAUGCACUCAACAUUGCAUCUGACUUUUGUGUGAUGCAUCUGGAAGACCGGCUACAGGAGUUGUAUUUUAAAAGUCGAUCCUUGGCAGAAUAUCUAAUAGGACAAACCAGGGUCCAUGUAAAAGAACUGGGGCUGGCACUGGGAAUUGAGUCCAGUGACAUUCCGUUACUUGCAGCGGUGGCCAGCACACACUCUCCCUAUGUGGCCCAGAUCCUUCUUUAAAUAGACCAAGUAAGAUUUAUUUCAAUUUAAGGACCAAUCAGAAUGUGUUCCUGUUCUGCAUGGACCAGCAAGGAUCUGAUCAUUAUCAGAUGACCACACCAAUCACGAUGCACUGUGCUCGACAACCAUUCAGAGCCUACACCCAGCCUUAAUAUGCUAAUCAGAAUGCCUCUUUGUCCAGCUGACAGUCUUUUCUUGUACGUAUAUGUCUGCAUCUAACUGUCUAUAGACUGCGUCAUGCACCAAAUUUAGGACACUUGUUAACGCUCUACUUAUGUUACAGUAUCUCAUGUCUUUUCAGGUCUUAUUAGAAAGGGAAGGCUAGAGAAAACACAUGAUAUUGAUAAAACAUAUAAAACAUCAAUAUGAGCAAGAAUAUGGAGAAGAAUUUGAAUAAUCUCUCAGCACUAUAUCUGAAUGCACAGUAGUGUAGUUCAUUAAGAAUGAGAGCAUAUCUAUAAAAUGUAGAGCCUCUCUGUGAAGCACAUAAGUUUACAUCAGGAGCCAUCUUUUAUAGCUGGCUGAUCUCGGAAGAAAUAGUUUCCCCAAACAUAAAAAUUCUGCCAUAUUUAGUUAUCCUCAAGUCGUUCCAAAUUUGUAGGACUGACUUUGUGCUAUUUGGCUACUCUUUAUUUGUUUAUUUAUUUAUUUAUUUGUCUAAUAAAAGUACAAGGUAAAAUGACAUAAAAAAGCAUAAAUCUUUACUUGUGAUCCGUACAAUUAUUAUUUUCUAUGUUUUCUGAGGUGAAGAAUUUUUUUUUUUUGGAGCUUGAUAGAACAGCAUGAUAAUCUUUAUAUUAUAUAUAAAUAACAUGAGAGUAAAUUUAAAGUCAAAUAAUUUUCAUUUUUGGGUGAACUGUCCCUUUAAAGUCUUGAAUUACAAACGAUUGGCUCUAGCACAUAGCUCUGAAACCAUAUUAAAGGAUAUUUUACAUUUAUACCAGAAUUUUUAUUUUUUUUAAAAGCAUCAAAUUUGUCAGUGUACGUUACAAUAGCUGUUACCCCAAUUUGAUCAAAUCAAUCAGUUUAUCUUAGUUUUCAACCCCUUGUAAUCUUACAUUUAUUUUAGUCUGCAAUUAAUUCUCCAGAAAACUGCUUUAUAGAUAUUAUUUCUAAAUAUGUUUGUUUUGGUACGAGUGUGUGUGCUUCAAUCUCAGAAAAAUGAGAGAAUGUUUACUUUAUGGAAGGAGAUGUAAACUGGGUGUGGUAUUAAACUGUUACUCUUAAUUACUGGUCAGUCCAAAGAUUGUGGAUUACAGUAUUAAUCUGGUGCUACUCUUGUGUCAAAGGCUUACUAAAGCACAUGCACACUUUCUUGAGAAUGCUUUAUAUUUCUUUCAGGGGUGUUUUGCUCUGAAAGACAAAUGUCAUAUAACAGAACCCCAAGUUUGUGACACUAGAAAUUAAAAUGCUUUUUUUUGUGUGUGUUUGUGUUUAUUGUUCCACUUUAAAGACUUGGGAAAAGAUGAUUAUUUUUGAUAUCUGAACAGAAUAUUCUACCUCAAGUAAAAGAUAUGAAAGUGGUCUGUUCUGAAUUUAUGGGAUUGAUCAGUCAGUAUUACAUUAAGAAUGCAGUGUGCUGAUAUCUUCAAUGAUUAUACACUUAAAGGCUGCAUUUCAGAUCGAAACAAACAUCUUUUACAUUUGUAAACGUCUCUAGUGUAUUUCUGUACUGAAAGUAAAUGUAAAAUUGUCUUGCUUUUUUAUAUUUUUUUGUUGAGGUUGAACUUUGAACGCUAAGGUUUUGCCACUUUUAGUAGUCUCUUUUGAGGCUAACCAAUGUAAUCUUAUUUUCCUUUCAUUCUGUUCUGUGCAUGGUGUUUACACACAAGCUUGAAUGCGGUUGGGUAUUAUGUCUAUGACAAUAGGAUGUUGCUAAGAACUGAACUAGUGAUGAAUAAAUUUUUAAGAAUUUGACAA